UCAAGACUCGCUAGGUUUGCCAAACUGAAAAGCCUUAGGGCACUUUUUAAGAGAUCUAUACAAACAGAAAUUGUUUAUAUAGAUCUUCAGCGAAAAUGGCGAAUUCCUCUAGAAGGCCUAGUGGGUCGGUGUUGCUUAAAUCGGCGUUUGAGAGGUCAAUCUCACCUACCGGCCGGUUCUGUAACACCACCACCACCGCAACUGAUGCGAUGUCGUUCGCUUCGUACAGCAACUCUAGUUUUUAUUCCUCUCCGUCGACCGGGUGUUUCAAUCGAUCGGCUUCUCCGACGCGCGUGAAUCUUCACGCUCUGGCGCCGGUGAAUUCUACACCUAGCGUUAGGUUCUCCAUUGACAGAUCCAUUUCUCCUCGGCGUUCCAUGGCGGUGUCUCAACGUGAUCAGGUGGUUCGAAAGCAGAUUCCGAAGAGAACGUGCUUAUGCUCACCUACGACGCAUCCUGGUUCGUUCAGGUGUAGUAUGCAUAAGAAUGUGAAGAAUAUUCCUUCGAUUUCGUAUUCGCCUAGCCGAUUGAAUGCACGGAGAUCGGCAAUGACGAAUUCACUGGUGCGUAUCUGGUCUGUUGAAGGUGAUUUAGUGAAACGAGCUUUGGCAGCUCUUAUUAGGCCAUCGUCGCAUCAUCAGAGACGUCGAGGUGACUUUCAACCGCGUCCUAGCCGGCUUUCCAGAAUGUCCAAAGCUGAUAACCUGUGAAAUUUCCGUUUCCGUGGUGUAACAGGUUGGUGAUUUUCAUAUAUUAACUGAGGCUCAUCUCUUGAGAGUUUUCCGGCGGUGGCGUCUGAUCCAGGCUGCGGUUCUUACUACUCCGGUGGUGAAAUGAAAGCUAUAGGGCAAUUUUGAUGCACCUUUGUGUUUUCCGUCGUGUUUGGCGUACACCGUUACGUUAUGCAAUGGCGUUUCCCGUUCGUUGGCCGUAUGUGCGUUCGUCGGCCGUAUAUGCGUUCGUCGUGUUUUGGCAUCUUUGCGUCAUCGUUCGAGGUUCGGAGUAUUCAGUGCCAAUUCAAAUUCUUGGACCAACGGAGAGUGGAUGCCGUGUACGUAUAUUAACAACAGAUCUUCGUAAUUUUUACCUUACCCUUGUCUUGGAAUCACGGAGGAAGAUUGAAAAUAAAUGUUAAAUUCAAGUGAGACACGUGAACAUACUGGACAAAGUAAAAGGAUCAUGAAAUGAACAAAAGAGGAAUCUUGAGAUUACAAUAAUGAAAACAAUAAUAGUAAAGGCUAAAAAGAGAAAUAAUAAUUUGGAAAUUAAGUAAAGGAGAAACGCCAUUAAUGAAAGCAAGAAAAUGGGAUACAGGCUGUACGUACUGGUAUGGCCCAGUUAGGAUGCCAGUGGUCCUAAGCAUGAACUUUCCCGAACAUUUUGAACAGCUAAUUUGGACAUUCUAGAAGUCACGGUAUGACUAAAAAUGGCUGGAGUUGGUUGGCAUAUUGAGGGAAAGUUAGAAAAUGAGGAAUGAGUCCAAAAAAAGGGAGGUCUUGAGUAGUUCUUACUUCAUUAUCUCCCUUUUUGUUCAUAUUCAUUCACACUCCUAUUCAAUACUCAUGGAAAAAUCCACCCUUGAAAAUUAUAUAUAACAAACACUUGUAACACAAGACAAAAGUGCUAAGGAGUGGACUUGGAAAAAAAAGUUUUUGAUUAUCAACCUAAACACAACACCAUUGGAAUGGUGCCACCCCAUUUGUUAAUAUCCAUUAAUAUUUCUUGCAAGAAAUCUACAAUUAUUUUAUUUCUGAAGUAACACUUAUUGUUCAUGCUUGAACUGUAUUUGACAUAAUUCUUUUAUUAGAUAGAUUUCAACCAAUACCUAAAGAUCUUUAGCAACCACAUAACUCAUUCGUCUUGUAAGAAGGUUGUUGACCUGGAACAGACAUACAAUAAAAUUCAUAAAAUUUCUAAGGAAGUUUUAUAAAGGUGUUUGGACUUUCGAGGUGUUUUUGUGGCUUAUAUUAAAGCAAUUAAAGACAUGUAUGAUGGAACCAAAGAUUUGGGUAGGAACUGUGAGAGGUGACUACUCAGAACAUUUUUUGUUCAUGACGGGGUUGCACUAGGGAUCAACCCUUAGUAUGUUAGGACGAAUUAACAUGGUAUAUUUAAGGAGAGGUGUUGUAAUGUACGUUAUUCGCUAAUCACAUAUUAUUGAUUAACGAACACGUAGAGGAGUUAGCUGUAGGUUGAAAGUUUGGAGACAAGCUCCAAAUCUAAAGCUUUCAAAUCAAGCAAGACUAAAGCAAAGUACAUGAAGUGCAAGUUCAGUGAUGUAACACAUGAAGUGGAGGUGGAAGUAAAGAUCGAUAAACAAGUCAUACCCAAGAGAGGAUGUUUCAAGUAUCUUGGGUCUAUAAUCCAAGAAAACGAAAAUAUUAACGAUGAUUCACACAUUGUAUUGGAGUGGGUGGGUGAAUUGUGGAGGUUCACAUUUGGCAUACUAAGUGAUAAGAAUGUGUCACUAAAGGCUUAAAGGUAAGUUCUAUAGAGUGAUGGUUAGACCUACUUUAUUGUAUAAGGAUAGAGCCCAUGCCAAUCAAGAACACACAUGUUUAGAAGAUAAAGUAGAAAUAUGAGGAUGCUCAGUUGGAUGUUUGGCAUACUAAGAGAGAUAAGAUUAGAAACGAAGUUAUACACCAGUAAGGAUGAGGGAAGCUAGAUUAAGAUAGUUCGGACAUGUGAAGAGGAGGGUUCGGAUGCACCAGUAAGAAGGUGUGAGAGGCUGGCAAUGAGAACAAUGUUGAAUAGGUUGAUCCACAUGAGAAGGACGAGCCAGAAACAAUAAAGACACCAAUUCUGCUAUGAAGGUAUGUAAGACAGAGGUUUCCAAACAAAUGAUAUUCUCCUUCUGUUGAUUACUUGUUACUAACAAAUGGCAGUGAGAUUAGCUGUUUUGAUAAGACAAUGCAGGUUGAUAGCAAGUCCAAGUGAAUUUAGGAAAUGGAUGAAGUAUACUCACUCAACAUAAAUCAAACUUGGGACUUGGUCAAACUACUGGAAGGGAAAGACAAGUCAGAAUAAUGGGUUACAGGGUGAAACAGAAGCAUAUGGCAAGCUAAGGUUUGGUAAUAAGAGGUUUCCAACAAAAGGCAUGUAUGGAUUUUACUGAGAUUUUCUCCCAUGUGGUUGAAUUACCUACUAUUUGAAUUGCGUUUAGUAUUGUUGUGGCAUAAGAUUUAUUAUCAUUUGUAUUUUGAGCAUUUAGACGUAAGGACAACCUUUCUCCAUGAAGAUCAAGAUGAAAGACUAGUAUAUGUAAGAACCUGAAGUGUACAUAGAGGCAGAUAAGAAAAAUCUGGUCUGUAGACUGAAGAAGAGUCUCUAUGGUUUGAAACAAGCACCAAGAAGUUUGACAGGUUUAUGAUGACUCAUUGUUGUUACUUGAAGAAAUUUAUAAAUUCAUACAUUAUUUUGCUCCUG